AUGUAUAGCAGUGUAAAAGGUUUGGUUAAAAACCAAAAGCUGGCUGAAAAUAUACUCAUACCUACAACCAAAGCUGCAGAUCAUGAUGUUCCUGUAACUCCAGAUGAGAUUAUAGAAAGGGGAUUAAUGACAAGAGCUGAUUAUGAGGAAGUCAGCAAAAAAGCUUUAAGUCUAUUUGAAUACGGUCAGCGUGUGGCUUCAGAACAUGGCCUUAUAUUGGUUGACACAAAGUAUGGAUUUGGGAAGGCAGAGGACGGUUCAAUUAUGUUGACUGAUAAGGUGCACACUCCUGAUCCAAGUAGAUAUUGGAUUGCCAAUUCUUAUCUUGAGCGCUUUCAAAAUGGUUUGGAGCCUGAAAAUGUUGAUAAGGAGUUCUUGAGGCUGUGGUUCAAAAAUCACUGCAACCCUUAUGAAGAUGAGGUUCUUCCUGAAGCUCCUGAAGAUCUUGUUUGCGAAUUGUCUUGGCGAUACAUUUUCUUGUAUGAGACUAUAACAAAAUCAAAGUUUGAGGUGCUGUCGUCUGAGGAGCCAAUACAUGAGCGAAUAUCACGAAAUGUUGCAUCUGCACUGGCAUCUUUGAAGUAGCCUAGGAAUGUCAGGACUUUUUCAAUUCUGUGUUCUAUAAACCCCUUUCUAAGGAUAUAUUUAAAACUUACAAGUAGCAGAAAUUCUACCAAGAAGUUUUUUUAAAUAAAAGAAAUUAUAUAAAUAAAGCUUAAAACCUAAAGACAGAUGAACAUUUAACUCUCAUAGAAAUCAUGCUUGGUCUUUGCCAAUUGCGCCAUGUAUUUAACUUGUAUACUUGUCAACCAAACCGAUGUCUUUGGCACACAUUGUACUGAAUAAUGAAUGAUGAAUAUUUCAUUAACUUAUGUCACAUUGUUCUGGA